CUGAGUUAUGUAUGUAUUGAGCUGUUCCACAGCCGUACUGUAUCACAAUUGAGUUGUUUGCACUUAAUAUAGCUUCCUCCCUCACCGCACCCCAAUUUGUGGAUUCCUGUUGGUGUUGAAUUGGUGCUAACAACCAUCAAUUGACAGCCAGGUGGACUAAAGUACUAUCCCAGGCUUUAAUACAUUUGAAGGAUCAACCAGUAGGACCUGUUGCCCCAAAUGCCAGACUGGGGAACCCUGUGGAGGCACCCAAUGCUGUAAAGUUAAUGGAAGUCAUGGGAAACAGCUGCUGCUCCAAUUCUCACCGUGGCUCAACAUGCUAUGCUGCUGAGAACACCAAGCCCUGUCACACCUGGGAGAGCCAUUAUCUACCAGAAUUUGCAGUGGAACAUGCCACCGGGAUGGGUUGAAGCAGAGCUUGAGGACCGGUAACUCUUCUCUGGGAUUUGAUCAACCUGAAGCCAGUUGCGGAACUGCACAGGGUCCCCAUGGACCUCAAGGAGAGCCCCAGCGAGGGCAGCCUGCAGCCCUCGAGCCUCCAGAUCUUUGCCAACACCUCCACCCUCCACGGCAUCCGCCACAUCUUCGUGUAUGGGCCACUGACCAUCCGGCGUGUGCUUUGGGCCGUGGCCUUCGUGGGUUCCCUGGGCCUGCUGCUGCUGGAGAGCUCGGAGAGGGUGUCUUACUACUUCUCCUACCAGCAUGUCACCAAGGUGGAUGAGGUGGUGGCCCAAAGCCUGGUCUUCCCAGCCGUGACCCUUUGCAACCUCAAUGGCUUCCGGUUUUCCAGGCUCACCACCAACGACCUGUACCAUGCCGGGGAGCUGUUGGCCCUGCUGGACGUGAACCUGCAGAUCCCGGACCCGCACCUGGCUGACCCCACAGUGCUGGAGGCUCUGCGGCAGAAAGCUAACUUCAAACACUACAAACCCAAGCAGUUCAGCAUGCUGGAGUUCCUGCAUCGUGUGGGCCAUGACCUCAAGGAUAUGAUGCUCUACUGCAAGUUCAAAGGGCAGGAGUGUGGCCACCAAGACUUCACCACAGUGAGUACUUGGUUUUCAGCUUACUCUUGUGCUUGGUUAUCUUGAGAAGGGCCGUGCUGGUGUUCUCCUGCUCCAUCUGGGGUUUGCCUGGGCUCUGGAGCUGGAGAGAGAGCAGUCUCUCAGUUGAAGACCAAGAGAGCA